CGCUCGUACAUCGUUGCUCGGCGACAUUGUGUUACAUUCAGCAGUUGGGCAAAAUGUUGUUUACAUUUUGGGUGCCGGGUGCGUAAACCGUAAACGGGUCACCUCGUUUCCGUGUCGUUUUUUAAAAACUAUCGCCCGAAAGGUCACCGGCGAGGUUCGCGAGUUCAUUAUUAUGCGAUAAAUAAUGCAGGAUGAGCGGAAGCAGUCGGUGCGCAUGCGCGGGGUCCAGUUGUCCACCGGCGCGGUGAGCUGCGCCCGCGCACCUAUCUAGUCGCCGCCAGCCGCCAGGCGUCGCGCCGCACUCUGUCCCGACUCGUCUCGCGGUGCACGCGCCUCAACGCCCCUCUCAGCUUUACACGUGCACGGAAUUACCCGAGCUACCGAUCUACUACAGCCCCUCGACCCGGCCUUCCACGAACCCCGAUAAUGGACAGAUAAUGGCUAAUUAGCCGCGCAGUUAGCCACUCGGGUUCGAGUGACAGUGAGACGUCGCGAGUGCAGUGUCAGCGCCGGCAUGGCUGAGAAACACGCGCUGAUUCCGGAACCCAUCGCAAUGUACACACAGACGGACGCGUUGAACGAAACCAAAGACAUGUCGAAAAAUUUAAUGAGUGGUGACUUCGAAAGACAAUACACCGGUGCUAUAGUGGACAAAUGCGAUCGUAGGAGAAAAGCUUUUUUGGUUACCGGCGCGGCGGUGCUGGUCGCCAUGGUGGUCGGGCUGCUGGUGCUGGCCGUGUUCCGUGACGUGCAGGUGGCACGGCUGCGGGCCGAGGUGGACGAGCUUAGCGCCAGCAUGCUCGCCAUCUCCGCCAGUGUCAAAUCGCUCAACCAGAAGAUCACUAACAACAAACACUUCAAUGAUUUCAAGCCGCUUGAGGACACGAUAUACGCAGACGAAGAUCAAGACAUAACCACACUGGAGGACGAUGCAAAAGAUUCAGAGAAGGAUAAGAGCACCUACGAUUCUCUGGAGAAGUUGCACGACCUGACUGUACUGGAGGGAGACAACAUCGGUGAUGACGAGGAUAUGCUGGAUGCCGUCGACGACGCCGAGAGCGGGGAUUGGUAUCCUGACUACGAUAAACGAGCAGAGAAGAUUGGAACGACGAACAUGGUGCACUUGAGGCCUGAAGACUUCACGGACACGGUGGUGACGUUCAACAAGGACGAGACCAACAUCAGGGAGCUCAGGCGGAUCAUCAACGCGAAUCCGGAGAACCCUGACUUGCCAGCACUCCAGACUGUCCCGGAGUCAACGACGGCUGACUCCAAGGAGAGCGAGCGCAGCAAACGCAGCGUGUUCUCCGACGUAUCAGAGGCUGUGGACCAGUUCUCUGCGCCGAGGAUGGUCGCGAAGCCUGAGGAAAGGCGCAAAACGAAAAAGUUCCUAGGCAACACUGAUCAUAGUGCCAAGAUGAGCAUGCACACAGUCACACGAACAGCCAGGAACAGCGAUAACGAGGACCAAAGGAGGCCGUUUGUAGCGGCCCAUUUCCAUGGAAAUACGUCACAUCUCAGCACAGAAAUCCACGAGCACUACAAAGGUAACGGUUUAGUCCGCGUAUCACACGGAGCCGCGCAUGAUGUGUGGUAUCCCGCACCGUGGACCGUCGCGUCUCCACACCCUCGCCCGACCCUCACCAGGAACGGGCACAUCCAUGUCCACCACACUGGAGUCUACCUUGUUUACGCUCAAAUCUACUACUUAGACAGUCAUGACAUCAUAUCAUGGGUCCUCCACCGAACCAACCCUGAGUUGGACGGGCGGGAGACACUCCUGCAGUGCGCGCAGUCGUCUCACACCUCGGAGCCGAUGGACAAGCCGAACUCUUGCUUCUCUGCAUCCGCUUUGUUCCUGAAGGCAGGGGACAGGCUCGCUGUAAGAAACACUGGUGGAGACCGUCACUCCCUCAUGCAGCCCGAGAAGAGCUUCAUCGGCCUCAUCAAACUGGCUGAUGCCGAGGAUCCCGCUCAAGAACUAUAAUUCUACUAAUUCCAUGUUCCCAAAAUAUUAAUUCAAGAAAUGUAUCUGUUUGUAAUUGUUAUUGGCAACUCUCAACUACCGGAUUUAUUUUGAAUCGAUUUUAACAGCAUUCGAUUAUGAAUGCAAUCGAAAUAUCGUUUAACUAAUUUAACUUUUAGUUAUAAUUGAAAAUGUAUAAUUUAGCUGAGUCAUAUAUCCUAGUUUUGGAACAUGGAACGGUCCCGGCUAAUCUUUAACCGUGUAAUUUUUUUCAAAAUUUACAUGUAAAAUAUUCGUUUUAGAACAGAAGUGAUAAUGUACUGUAGUCAACACGUGCCAUUGUUAGAGCUGUCUUUAAUUAAAAAUGAAAUUAGAAUAAGCGUGGAUUGCUUCAAAUCGUUUGUUAUCGUUGAAGGUCCACAGAAGAAUUCGGAAAAAAAUAUAUUUUGGUGCCAUUUAGUCAGAAGCAAAUAUCUAAAUUAUAUAAAUCUAAAAUCAAAGAUCUCGUUAAUUAGAUUACGAAUGCUUAUUGAACGAUUUGAAACAAUCGGCCCUAAGUACUAUAAACAGGGUGUAAACACAUUGAUCUGUGUUUUAAAAAAAUUCACGUGGGCAGAAACUUAGUAAUAAGAUUAUAUUAAGAUAAAAUAUUAUAAAAUUGUUAAAUUAUAGUUUAUUGUGUUAUGUCCAUAUUUGUUUAGCAUUGUUUAAGUAAAAAUAUCCUCGUCUCAACCUUUGAUAGUAAAAAUCUGUGACGGAUUGCGCGAAAAACUUCAUAAGUACAAAUUAUAAUGAUUAUGAGAAACAAAAACCGUUUUUUAUGCAAUUGAUAUAAAUUUACUUAUAUAUUAAAAGUGAUGCGUCUCGUAUAUUUGCAUAUUGAACAACAAUCCCUAACAAUUUACGGUUAUAAAUUUAUUUUGAAAGCAACUGCGUCAUUACUUUUCUUUAAAUUUAUAUUGUGCAGUCCGUCAUAUUUUAUUUUUGUACUUUCGAAUUCUAGUUGUGUAUUUGCAUGUGCGUAACUUAAUACAUAUUAUUAAUGCAUCGAAAGAUCUGUUAUACCAUUGAUAUUAUAAGCACUAAUGUUAACACAUACGGUAAUCUUUAAAUUAUUUACACCUAAGUAAUAAACGAUACAAACGAUAAAUGCAAGUAAUAUUGAUGUUUUUGUAUGUUUAAACAUUAAAAUAUAUUGAAAAUUAUAA